GAGGGAGGAGUCGUGCACGUAGCCGCUGGCUGCUACGGCGGAUGGGCGACGAGGCAGCAGCUGAGGCGAGAUCACUGGGCUAAGUUCGUAACAUGAGAUCGGGCCGCUAAAAUUAGCACCACUUUUCGGCGAUGACGUCGUCUCCCCCUUCCGCGGCAGCCCAGCGCCGGAGAGCCUGCGGCGGCACUACACUGGGCGUCUCUUCUGACAGCGUGCUUGCCGCUGUCCACCACCGCGCAGUAAUCGGGCGGCGGCGGUGGUAGCAGUCCCACACACACGUGCGCUAGGCUGCCACCAAAGUGAUCGACGGAGUGACCACCACAUGCCAACGUCCCAGUGUGCGACGAAGAAGAACCUCCGCAUCUUCUCCGGACGAGUAGUGGUCGACGACGGUGCGUCUACCGCUGUUUCGACGUCUGUGCUAGCGGUGUUGCGCUGGGGGUAGGGGCCCGAUGUAGCGCGCUGUUCGUGGCUGAUUCAACUGCGGAUAUUGCAUCGAGAGACAAGUGGUGUGCCUUACGGUCGCGUAGACCACCUAACUAACUAAACCAUGGUGGUGCAGCAAGACGUGGAACCGCCGCCCUCGGCUGCCGAGGAGAAAGGCGAGAAAAAACACAAGCUGAGACAGCGUUUCCAGGUGAUUCGAAAGCUGGGACAAGGCACGUACGGAAAGGUGCAACUAGCCAUUAACAGAGCGACAAACCAGGAGGUGGCGAUCAAGACGAUCAAGAAGUCCAAGAUAGAGACGGAACAGGACUCCCUAAGGAUCAGGAGGGAAAUCCAGAUCAUGUCUUCCAUACAGCACCCUUACAUCAUCCACAUAUAUGAAGUAUUCGAGAACAAGGACAAGAUCGUCCUGGUAAUGCAGUACGCGAGCGGCGGCGAGCUGUACGACUACGUCAGCGAGAGGAAAGAGCUCACCUCCGAGGAGGCGCGGCGAAUAUUCCGCCAGGUGGCGUCUGCAGUCUACUACUGCCACAAGAACAAGAUCUGCCACCGCGACCUGAAACUGGAGAACAUCCUUCUGGACGAGAAGGGCAACGCCAAGAUCGCCGACUUCGGCCUGUCCAACGUGUACGACGAGCGCCACUUCCUGAGCACCUUCUGCGGAUCGCCGUUGUACGCGUCGCCAGAGAUCGUCAAGGGGACGCCGUACUACGGACCAGAGGUGGACUGCUGGAGUCUGGGCGUUCUCCUUUACACGCUGGUGUACGGCGCCAUGCCUUUCGACGGCAGCAACUUCAAGCGGCUCGUGCGCCAGAUCUCCGAGGCGGACUACUACGAGCCCAAGAGGAAGUCUGAUGCGUCGGGUCUCAUCCGUCGCCUUCUGACCGUAGACCCGGCCAAGCGGGCGACGGUCAUCGACAUAUGCCAGGACCGCUGGGUCAACCAGGGCUUCGACCACUCGCUGCUGCAGCUCGCAGAAGACAUGUCCAACCUGACGCCCGUGCGGCUAGACCUGCUGCUGGCGCUGGCCCCGGCCUCGCCGACGCCCGAGGAAGCCUUCGACAAGGCCGCCAACCCGCCUGACGGCGCCGAGAAGAGCGACAGCUUCGACUUCCAGCCGGCCGAGCAGCUGAAGAACGACGACUCGGCCGACUUCAUUCCGGCCGCGCUGGCUGCCGAACUCGAGAGCCAGAACAUCAAGCGCCAGUGCUCCACCGACGGUAGCCUAAUGAGGAUGUCCAGCGUCUCGCAUAAGAACAAGAAGGUGCGCACGUCCGACUCGUCUUCGAGGAAGUCGAGCGUGGGAAUGCUGGGAGGACCGUUCGUGCACGACGACGAGUUCGAGGACGAGCAGCAGCCGCAGAAGGCGCCCGCAGAGGGCAAGGCGGUGGACGAAUCCGGAAAGAAGGAGGGUGACGCGACGGCAGCGCCGGUUCGGCAAGACGACGGAGGAGUCCAGGAGGCUACGGUGACCUCUGCAGGCGACGAGAAGCCGAUGGAGCAGGGAGGAGAGGCGAUUGCCGAAGGCGCCCGCAAGGCGGAGGAAGAACCGGCCCGGAAGGACGACGCGAAGAAACCAGGCGCGCAGGCCGAAGCACAGCCCAAGGACGCGACGGCGCCGACGGAAAUGAAGGAGAACGCUGCCCCCGUUGCCACGGCCGAUACGGCGUCGGCGGAAGAGCAACAGCCGUCGUCGGUGGCGCCCGUGCUGGCGCGAAGAGGCUCGGGGGUGCGAUGCCCGGGCAAGAUAGUCAUUCCAAAGUGCCUGAGCUCGCAGGCGUCGCCGGCGACGAAUUCAGCAUCUCCCAAGUUCAAGGACACCAAGAAGCCGCCGCUGCCGCAGACGCCCAAGUCGGCCGCCGUUGAACAGCCCAGUCUCGUUGCUCCAGAGGACAACGGUGCGAGACCCGCAUCACCGGCCGCCGCAGUAACAGAAGAACCCGCCGCGCCGGAGAAAGUAGGACCCAAGAGAGUCAUUCCCGUGCCCAAGCGGCCCAAGAGCAAAAGCCCGCUAAGCGCCAGUCCCAGGGAAAGAGAAGAGGUCGCGUUCCCGGCAGCUGCGACCGAAGGUAGCAAGUCGCCGUCCGUGGAGAGGAAGCGAGACGCGGCAGCGCCGACUUCCAGAGGCAUCCUGCGCAGGAGCGCGUCCAAGCCUCAGCGCGAGCUGUCCACCGAAGAAGGCGGCAAGGAACCCGACGUCGUGGACAACGUCCUUCAGAGCACGGCGGAGAUCACGCUCAGCAGCCGGAAGAAAGCCGAAGAAGAGCAGCAGAAGCAGUCCUCGGCCCUGUGGGACAACGCGGUACCGGGCACGCCGGAAGAGGAAAUUCCCGAACCGGAGGCACCGCCGCGGAGGCCGUCUCCCGAAGGUUCCUCCGCGGACGAGCACGCCAGGCUGGCCGCGGACUCUCCCGUGCGCAGCUACAAGAAGUUCACGUUCGGCAAGGACGGCACGUGCAUCACGGAGAGCGGCCGCGUCUACGCGCAGCCCAAGUCGGACGGCUCGUGGACGACCGUAGAGAAGAAAACCAAGAUCACCCGAAGGCCCAGCAACGCGACGAGCGUGGACGAAGAGGUCGUACGCACUCCUGGCCCACCGCCCAAGGACGAACUGACGGUGCCCCGAUCUGCCAGCGGCAGCUCGUCCGAGUCGACCGACAUCUUUAACGACAUGUUCCCGGACUGGCGCACCUCGAGUCCGUUCGGAAACCUCAUGCGGAUGAAGAGCUCGAUCAAGAAGCUCAACAAGGGCUCCCUGUUCCGCGGCGCGGACCCGUUCGCCAGCAUGGAGACGUUCCGGCGAGAGCGGACGCCCGAGAAGCGGGCGCGCGAGUGGGGAAGGCGCGGCGGCGGCGGUCAGGUGUCCACGUCGACCGACAGGGACUCCUCGGACGAAGACGACUUCGAUCUGCACUUCGACAACUCCCACCCGCAAGCCCUGUUCCAGUUCAUGCGCAACAUGAGUCGCGACUUCCGCAACCACUGGAAGAGCUUCCUGCCUUCCUCGUCUCCUUUCUCGAGGUCUUCCAAGGAGCCGUCUUCGCAGUCCUCCCGACCCCAGAGGGAGACACUACUGCGGUUCGUGGUCGACAAGCCGUCCAAGGCGACCGGAAGCGAGCCCGGAACGCCGCACACCCGCGUCACGGGCGAUCCUUUCUCCAAGCGGUCGUCGGGAGUUUGGGACCCCGUCGACAGGGCGUCGCUCUUCGGCACGCUGCGCAGGAACAGGUUUCAGGACCUGCCCGGACGUCACCACGCCGACCGCGGCACAUCGCUGGACCGAGGCGCGGGCAACUCCGACUUCUGGGGCGUACACCAGGACCCGGAAGGGACGCGACACCGGGUCGAAAAGUGGCUGCACCUGUCCAACGACAACGCGGAUCCACUUCAGUCGCGCGGCGAAGAAGGCACUCAGCAGCGGUGCCAGCAAAAGUACAACCGUUCGCAGAGCGACAAGUUCAACCUGGGCGAGGAGAGCCGGCCCGUCUACCAGAGCGAGAUCAGCGUGGAGAGCAACCGGACGGCGCCCCCGGGUGCGCCCUGCACCCGCUCCCUGAGCGUCAACGAGCGCGGGGGAGGCCGCAGGCCCCUGGUGCGGAUGCAAGUGUCCAUCAACAACCGGAGCAGCAACCCCAACGCGCACAUCGUCAUCACCACGCCGCCGACGACGUCGGCGCGCACCGAGUGCGGGCUCUGGCCGCAGGACGACUCGGCGCGUAGGGACGAGGGCGACUCUCCGGGCGCCGCGGACUCGUCGCUUCUGGAAGCGCUGCAGACGCGCGGACUGCGAAGCCUGCUGUCGCAGCGCAGCGGCUCCCUGGCGCGCGAAGUGAGCCCGAGGCGGGGCGAGCCUCCCGACCGCCCAGCGCAGUCCGAGCGAGGUAAGCCCGCAGCCGGCGGAUCGAGCCUUGCCCCGCCCGAGACUGCAUGCUGCAUGGACACUAACUCUCCUAAGGAGGCCACGCAACAGCGGCCCAAAUUCAUCCCCAUUUCGAUGGAGCGGAGGACGAGUGACGCGAGCGUGCACAGCCCCGGCUCGCGCAGUCCGGGAGAAGAGAGCGUCCAGGAGAGGAUCCACAGGAAGAGCUUCUACCCGCGCUUCCACGACGACCCCAGGGCGGCCGCCAGGCGCCGCUCGGCGCUGUGGGACACCGAGUACUCGGGCCUCUGGAGCCAGGAGCUGAGAGACCGGGACGACGCGGCGCUGCUGAGGAAGUCUCGAAGCCUGUGGGACAACAACCACGCGCGAGAGCCCAGGAGUCGCUCCGUGGCCAGGACGGCCGGGGCCCCGCUGUCGGUCGCGCCUCAGCAACUGAGCCGGCACGGCCAGCUGUGGGACCUGAGCUUCGACGACGCCCCUGGCGACAACGGCAUGGGCAACCACCGCUGCAACAGGACCGAGUCCAAGGACUAUGAUAGCCUUGAAAGUGACGGGCCACCGUCUUAGGAACUUGAAAGCAUGGUGUGUGCGUGUGUUUAUUUAAUUGGUGGGGCUGCUUCCCGCAUAUUAGUGUCGCAUGCUGUGCUGCGCGGCGCAUUUGGCAAUGCAAGAUGCUCACGGAAGCGCUAGUCUAUUUUUUUUUUUUCUUCUUCUCCUGCUCUCCUCUUGAUCCGACAUUCAGUCUGUGCACGCAGUUUCAGCAUACUGUGGCUGAGAACCAAUGCGUAAUGGCCUCCGGUUGCUGCGACUGAAGCUCAAGGCAAUAGGUCCAAGAGGGCGUCCCUAUAACUUAGGUAAAGCGAACAAAAUAGUGUUUUUUGUACCAAAGCAACGCGAGCGCGAACAGGGAUGCCAUUGAGAGCUUGCCGCUAUAAAAACGCGGGAAUACACGGAUCGCCGUGUCGUAAUAUGCUGAUGUGGCAUGCACUAUCGGUACAGCUUAGCACAGUCAUAUUUUUAACUCAGUGGCAUGCUGGUCAUUUAUGAGAAGUGUUUCAUACAAAUGGCAUUCUGCACUGGCUCAGACGUGAGCGGAAUAUUGUCUUCUUUUGUACUUUGAUAUAGGAGAUGCUUCAUUUCUGCCAUCAACAAAGUUGUUAUAUAACGUGGUGUACGCGUCGGCAAAAAUACUAUUCUGUUUAUUUCAUUUUUUUCCUGUUGUGACGUGCAUGGUUGCAGUGCUUUCUUGAGCUGCUAGCAAGCUUUAAGUUACGCACUGUUGUUAAUUUGCUCAGAAGCAAAGAAACAGUUACAUGCUUCAUUGUCCAGUGUUUGCAACGCUCAAAUACUCUCGUGUCACUCGAUGACCCUAAACACAGGGCCUCUAGAAGCUCACUUGUGCCCAUUGCGGGCUUUUGCACCCGUUGUGCUGCUUUUAUAUACCGUAUUUACUCGCUUGUAACGCGACCACGAUUGUAACACGAGGGUCGACUUUCAGUAGCAAAAAUAUGAAAAAAAAAAACGCGUUACAUUCGAGUAAAUACGGUAUUUUUUUCCGCAUAUGUGUUGUCAUGUGCACGUCAAGGUUAGAAUGUGCUGUUUUUCUGAACCAUGCUCACUGAGACACACCAUUUCGGGCUACAUACAGCACAAGUAGAACAUGUUUGAAAAGCACUGUUGAGUUAUAUUGCGUACAGAUGGCAUUUAAAACAUAUCAUCUAGGAGGUCUUAUGAGGGUGACCAGGGUUAGAUACAUUUAUGUAUCACGCAAGAUCAUAAAAAAAUAUUUUGGUGCUGACAGUAGACGAAAUGCUUAUGCUCUUUGAAAUUACAGGAUUGCGCUUACAAGUUUGCUGUAUGGGUUUUAAAUGAGAAGAUUGUCGUUUUAUAGUAAUCUAUAAUAGUAGUGGACAGCGGAGUUCGUAAUUAACAAAUUCAAGGUAAUGAGUGAUUAAUACAGCUUUAACAAAGCCGCACUAACUGAGGAAAGCAUAAUUGGAAGUUCAUUGCAUCCAAACUUCUAUGCGGCAGGAUUUAUGAACAGAAUCCCGCAAUAAAUGCGAUAUACAGUUAAACCUCGAUAAAACGAAGUCGGUAAAAUCGGCAAUUUACUGCGUUAUACCGAAACUUUGUUAAAUGGAAAUUCGACGUUUUAUGCGAAGUAUAUUCGCCAAAGGCUUUUUGUUUGCACGGGAAGUGCCGGAAGAACACAGCAGUGCAAAAAUAAAAAUAAUAAUUUAAUUUCAAUAACUCGAAAAGAAAUCAAUUUUCUUGGAAACUGAGAUCCGGCGACCGCAGCAUGAUGCUGCGACGGCGAAGAAGUCACCUUCACAGCGGCCGAACGUCAUGCGUGAACACGAAAGAAAUGCAGGUCCAACAACGCACUGUGGAUAAACGUUCGCAAAAAGCGCGUGUUAUUCAACUAUAUGACGACUGGACCGACCGGAAGUUUCAAUUUUAUCGCCUCUAUCUUCCUCUGGGCCAGUAAUGAAACUUCGUUAUAUCGAAGUCACGGAUAACACGCUUCGUUGUAUUGAGGUUCCAAAUACAUGGCAUGAAGUUGUGAAAAGUGAAUUAGUUCGUUAUAUCGAGAAUUUCGUUAUAUCGAGGUUCAACUGCAAUAUCCGUAAUCAAAAGCACCAGCGCGCGUCGAAGGGGAGGCUACCGCGCCUGCGUAUGCCGUGAUAUGGCGGUGUCGUGCACGUGUAUGAAGAAAAAAAAUUAUGA